AUGGUGCGAGCGGGAGUGGUCGGAGGGGGUCUGGCGCCCAGGUCCGCUGAGCCAGCGGACCAUGGAACGAACCCAGUAUCUGUGCAGCAGCGGUCCCCUCCUCGCUCCACUGCCUCCCUCUGCAGCCGUGCUGGUCCGAAAGCCGAGGCCGGCAGGCCCAUGGACGGCGGGGCCCUCGCGCCACAGGGCCUCCAGUCGGAGGACGGAGGUCUCGAGGCGUGGGCCCGAUGGGUGCGCAGCGGCCUGCGCCUGCCGCUGGCGGCGUGGCUGCUGGGCACCUCCUGGGUCUUCGGGCCGCAGAACUCGUGGGUGGCCUGGGGCGGCCUCGGCCACGGUGUGCUGCCGUGCGAGCUGCAGAGGCUGGCGGGCUGGGCGGCAGGCUCGCUGCUGACGCUGCUGUGGGCCGCCAGGCUGUGCUGCGUCGUGCCUGCCCUGCAGCAGCGGGCGAUGCUGUUCCCGCCCUGCAGCGUGCUGGUGUUCGCGCGGCGAGGGGCGCCAGAGGUCGGCUCCGUGGUCUACUUCGACGCCUCGGACGGCCUAUGCUACGUCCGCAGAGUCGAGGCGGUCUUCACCGAGAGCUCGGCUGCGGGGCCGAUCGUGUCCGUGAAGACGGUGGGCGACAUGCCGGGUGCGCCGGACGACCGUCCGCUAUACAGCGAGGACGGGACGGCCUCGAGCCUCGCCCUGCGCCACGUGAGGGGCACCCUGGUGGCUGGCCCGUAUCCCCUCGCAAGUGUGUUUGUUGCUGGUGCAGUCUGUCUGAUGGUGAAGGAGAAAGAACUGCACAUACACCAUUGGUCGAAGGGGGCCGGCGGAUUCCGUGAUAUUGUUUCCGACGGCCCUCUUCUGUUUCCUCGCUACCCACCAGCCCACCAUGGUGGUGUUCUCGGUCUUCCUUCUGCACCUCUGCUUCGUGCUCGUGUGCAGCCCCCGGGGCUAGAUAGCCGGUCAACAGGGGGGGACUGGAGCCGGCAGAUGCCCCGCCUCGCAACGAGAUGGCCCAGACUCAGAAGGCGAAGAAGGCUGAGUGGGAGAAGGCGCUCUUGGUGGCGGAGGGAAAGUGAGUGGCGCGCCCCUGCGCAGGCUCGGCCAGGCGACGGCGUCGAGCGACUGGAGAUCGCUGCCCCCUUUUUGCCUCAUCCUCUCCCGCUCGCAGUCCUUUUUUCCGACCUUCACUGGAUCCCCCUUGACGCAGUCAAGACGCUGAAAUAUUGA